CUAUGCUCCACGGUCGCCGGCCUCCCAGGCGGGAGGGGUGCGCAGAGGGAGGCGGGACGAGAAGGCAGAGGUGUCUCCUUUACCCGAGCGGCGGGAGACCCGAGCAAGAUCUGUGACAGCUCGUCGGCCGCCAUGUCAGCGAGUAGGGCUGCAGAUAGCCCCAGCGCCCGGCGGUAGCCCUCCUUUCGCCUCCAGUUCCCAGACAUGGAAGGACUUUAAUGAAACUUAAAUGAUUCAACAAAAGAUGCUCUAAUGGAUGACAGUGAAACGCCUGCAUAUAAUCUCCAGAUAGAACCGCAAGAUGGGUGUCAUCCUGGGGACAGUGUGGAAGGUAUAGUAACGCGCUUGCCUUCUGCGUCAGACGAGAAUGAAAAUCAGCUUGACCGGGAAGGGCACGACCGUGUGACCGGUAGCGACAGCACGAUGGGCAAACCCGCAGCGUCCGAGCAGGACAGCCUCAACAACAAUGAAAGCUGCACACCGAGCGAGGUGGCGGCAAGUGAGGACUUGGAGAACAGUCCCUGUGAAGGCUCUAGAGACGGACAGGACUUCUUGGAAAAGGACAGAAAAAUACCUGGAAAGAGAAGUCCAAGGAGCAAAAGAGUCACUGCGAAAAAGAUAUCACCAGGACUUGCUUCAGGAGAUGCCACCCCUUUGAUGCAAGAAAACGUGCUAAGCACAGUCACGCACACUCUUGGUGAUGCAGAGUCUGCUGAAGUAAAUGCUAACAAUCCACCAGGAGCCCCAAAGCUGGCUUUGCAGUCCCUCUUCUCACUCAUACGAGGUGAAGUGGAGCAGUUGGACUCGAGGGCACUUCCCCUCUGCCUUCACCAGAUAGCAGAGUCCUAUUUCCAGGAGGAGGACUAUGAAAAAGCAAUGAAAUUCAUACAGCUCGAACGACUGUACCAUGAGCAAUUGCUCGCAAAUCUCUCUGCCAUUCAAGAACAGUGGGAAACAAAAUGGAAAACUGUACAACCACAUACAGUUAUGUCUCCAAGGAAUUCAGAAAAGGGAUUUAAUGGUGAAGACUUUGAACGGCUUACUAAAUUUUGCACGACGCAUCAAGAUCCUCUUUUAUCCAAACAUAAGACAGCAGUUGCAGACAAGUCCCUGAGAAGGAAGUGCAUGACGCAGUUAGCUGCUUCGGAAGGUCCAAAGGACAGUGGAGCCGCAGCCAAGGAGCCGGAGAGUGAAACUUGUCCUGGCAUGGAACCAAGUACAGAAAGCCAGCACGGAGGAGGGACCGGGGAGGGCAGCCCCCGCUGCCAUCAGAUGGCCUCGCCGGCAGAUCCCCCGGGCCUUCCUGUAACUGCGGGGAAGGACCACACAGCGGAGCCACUCAGCCGUGCGCAGGCCACUCUGGAGCUCCACGCCCAGCCCUCAGGGACAGCCAGCAGCCCGCCGGGGCCAUGCUCCUCGGAGAACGCUCAUGAGGAGGACAGAAGCUUGCCGCUGGCUCAAACAGACGCCUGCCAAGAUGUGGCCGAAAUAGAGGGCACCGCUGAAGACCCUAAGGUGGUACUUUCCAGAGAGCCAGGGACAGAGCCAUUGAUUUUACCGGACUCUGACCUUAUACCUCCUGCAUUGUGUUCUGAGGAUAAACAGUCACAGACUCAAAGAAAGGAACUCCAUCUGCCACUUGAAGAUGCCUCUGAGGCGUUGCCCUCCGACCAGCCCGAGCACAAUGAACUGAAUGAGCCGCGGCAACCCGAUCUCGCAGGCAGGGAUGGAAAACCACCGCAGGGACAGGCCAGCUCCCAGGGCUCCGAGGGCGCACUCUGUGGAGACAGCGAAGUGACUGACUUAAGUACGGGGCCUUCGGCGGUGUUUAUGGCCCCAGAGGGAAAGGGGGAGCAGGAGGACCAGAUCAAUAAAGAAACAGAGGACUAUUUGAACAGCCUUUUAGAGGGAUGCUUGCAAGAUACGGAAGAUUCUCUUCCAUACGAAGAGGAAGAUUCAGACCUCCUUCAGGAUUCCCCCGACGAAGCAUCUUACAGCCCCCAGGAGACCCUGCCUCCCGACGAGAGCUAUCUUUCGCUCGAUGACCUUGCAAAAAGGAUAGAGAUCGCAGAGGUUGCGCCCGCUGAAGGGCUGGUCUCGAUACUGAAGAAGAGGAGCGAUGCCGUGGGCGACCGUCCUGCCCCGAUGCAGCAGAAGCCGUCCAAGCGGAGAGUGCGGUUCCAGGAAAUAGACGACCACUUGGAUCAAGAUGAGGUUGGAGGCGGCUCCUGCAUCUUGCUGGUCUUGCUGUGCCUAGCAACGGUUUUCCUUAGCGUCGGAGGAACUGCAUUAUACUGUGCUUUUGGUGACAUGGAGUCACCCGUUUGUACAGACUUUGCAGACAACGUGGACUUCUAUUACACCAAGCUACUGCAGGGCGUGGCAGAACUGAAACACUGGGUCUACCUCUCCUAGCAGCGUGCAAGGCGGACACGCGCGCUGGCAGCGAGAAUCGAAGAGAGAGACUGUCUCGGCGGCUUUUAUUUUAGGAGUUGUGUCACGUGCGCCCCUCCCCCCAGUGAGGAACCGUGGACAUCAGAAACAGCGACUUGAGAUGGCGGUCCGGAGGGCCUCUUCGAGUCGCCUCUGUGGUGAGGCAGAGGUUGAGCUGAGAGCCCUGUGGACGGAGAGGUGGUCUUUGGAGAGCUGUCCCUCUCCUCCUCACUGCUUCCCAGAAUAAUGAGCUGCGCUGAGCAGAGUUAAACAGGGCAGUGUUGGAGCCACCCGUUUUUAGCUCUCUUUCCAAGCUAACGGCUAAAGGACACUCUUGGUUUACGUUGGUCCAAAGACAUUGCUUCCAGCCAUCGUGCAAUAAGUUGUGUAUGACCGAAAGAGUUACCUACGGUUUCGAUGUCUUUUUUCGUUAACCUUGGGAGCGAUGUAAUUUAGGCUCUUUCCAGAUGCUGUUCUCCAUUUGUGAGAUGGUUGUAUGUGCGUGUGUGCAUGCGUGUGUUUCCGAUCAUUUGCUUAUGAUUAACUGUCUCUACAGUUGAGACAGUUAAUCAUAAGCAAAUACCCAACACAAAAUAAUGAAAGUUAUCUUUAUUCUUUUAACUUGACUAUGGAUGUGCAGGCACAAAUCCUUAAAGAUGGUUGGUUUAACUGUGGAACAAAUGAGCUGUAGAAGUCUUGGCCCUGAAAUGAGACACUGUGACAGAUCUGCAACAAUUAACUAGAUUAACUAACCAGAAAUGAAUCACAGGCCUAGGGGUAAAGAGCUCCCUCUGAGUCUCAGGCGACCACUUUUAUCAUGGAUUUGAUGCUUCUUAAAGUAUGAUGGAUGCUGGACUCAACUCAGCAAACACUUAUUGAGCACCUAUUAUGUUCUGAGAAUCUAAGAACUAAAAUACAAAGAGAAAAUAUUAGUUCCUGCUUUAAUUCUGGCCUUAUGUUAAAAAAACACUUUGGCAAGUGAAAUUAAAUCACCAUAUAUAAUUCAGUAUUAACAGAUUGUGCAUUCAAGUGUUUGAAUGUGCAUUCUUAUCACGGGCUUGAUUUAGACCUAUUAUGGAGUCGGUGAAAAUUCAAUCAUGUCUUAAAUAAGCAAAUGUCUGAUUUUUGUUUAAAUCUGUCAUUUGGGUGGCAUUUCCUUUCCUAAGGCCUAACAUUUAGAAAGCUUUGGUUUGGCUUUCUAUCUCAUUGGCUGCAUUUUAAAAGAAACAAAACACAUGAAUUAUAGUUUUUUAGCAAGUGAUCAUUAUCUCAUGUUUUUCUGUUAGGGUCAUUUAAAAGAAAAAGGGGAAAUUUCUUUCUAGUUGUUACUGGCUGGUACAGUACCUCCCUUUGUGUUUCUGCUUAUUUAUUUAGAUUAUAUGAAUUUUAAAGGGCUUUUUCUAUAUGUCAAAAGUAUGUUGUUGAGCAUGCAUUCAGUUAUCCCAAUGUAGAUAUUUGAUUACUAUGUACUUAGCAUUUUGAUUUUCUAUUAAUUCAGGUCCUCCUGGUUUUAGGCUUAUUUUUAAAUUGUUUUAUUUUCACUUACAAUACUAUUUGAUUUGUCUCAUGUCACCAUAAACUGUAAUAUUUUCCAGGAUUAUAGAUCAAAGAUAUUUAUUUAGGAGUGUACAAGAUACUGAAAUUUAGAUUCCUCAUACCUAAGGCUGAUUUUAUUAGAAGAUUAUUUUAAUGUUCUAUUAUAAAUUUUAAGAAUUUGUAUUCAAAGUGUAUGUAAAAUAUGUAAAUGUCAACAGCCCUGCUGGCUGUGGGUCUAUAAAAGACAUUCACAAAGUCCCCUGCAAGGGACGUCCCUGUCACAGGCAAACCUCUUCUGUUUGCCCCUCUUGAUUUCUAGUCAGGGGAAUUUGGUGAGUCUGAUUCCUGCCACUUCUAUGUCAAGAUAAAUCAAAACUUCCCUCUUGUUCUCCCCACGUUAGGUCGCUGUCAAAGCGCUAAGUAAACGGCAGUGUUUAUGUGCCCAGAGGCACCAGAACCACUGCUUCUCACACUGAAGGUUUCCCUCGACACUGAGCGGAAAGGAUGGAGGGAAUCCCUUGGUCCUCGGGGCCCAGCCGAGUCUCAGAGGAACCAUGUGUGUCGUCACUGCUUCCCAGGGAGGGCGAGGGGAGUUCAGGAGCGCACCGCUGUCUCGACUUAAAAUGGCAUGAAAACCCCAACUAGACAAAUUAGGUCAACAUUUACUAAAUGUAAUAGUCAUUUAUUGCAUGAAUUGGAGCAGUUCCAUCUGGUGAUGAAAGAAUUGUUAUCUCACACAUUAAAAAUUCAUCCAGCUUUACUAUAAUGUAAUUUUUUUUCUGCCAUGUGAAAGUUCAGACAACUGUUGGAAACUAAUCUUCCUUAAGAACUGUGUUGGAGGGUACAGGCCAAACUUGUAAUUUAAGAUCAACACCAACAAAGUGUCUCAGAGAACUUAUCUGAAUCCUUGGGUGUUGACAAAAACUACUUUAUAUAAGUGAAAGUAAAAUACCUUUGGAAGUUGAUCUGGCCCCACGAGUAGACAGCCAUCUUUUUUGGGAGGUCAAAUAGGUCCCUGGUAAAGGCUCCCCUGCUUCUGAAACACCCACCCUGUCUGCCUGACGUAAUAACUGGAAUUUGCUCUAAAAAUUUGUUUCUUUAGGUAUAAAAAUCAGAAUCGCCUAGGAGGAGUACUUAAUGGUAAAAGGCACCAUUAGUGGUGGAUUUGUGUGUUAUGCUGAGAGGACUUGACAUUUGAAGGCAGGCCUUAGCUUGGAAGGGCAGGCAUAAAUUGGUCCUCCUGGAGGCUGGGAGGCGGGCGCAACCGAUGCUGGACAGCGAACUGCGCAGCCCGCUGGGAGUAAAACAGAUUUAGGCCUUUACCUCACAUAACACAUAAACGUUAACUUGGAAAAAUGAAUCUAAAUGUAAAACUGAAACUUCUAAAAGAAAGCAGGAGAAAAUGUUUGCAACCUAUGGGUAAGCAAAGAUUUCUUAUAGAACAAAAUGCACCCAUCAUAAAAGAAAUUGAUUAACUGGACUUUAGGAACUUGUGUUCUUUGAGAAACAGGUUAAGAAAAUUAAUAAGCAAGCUGAAGAUUGGAAGAAAUAUUCAUAUAAUAUACUUAUGUACACAUACACCCACGUAUAUAUGUGAUUCUCCUUGGCUUAUGGUGGGUUUACAUUGCAAGAAACCCAUCGUAUGUUGAAAAUAUAAGUUGGAACUGCAUCUGCCACUACUCGGGAGCAUCAGCUGUUCACCCUCUUGCCUGGGUGGCUGAGUAGCAGCUACAGCUGCUGCCGCUGCUGCCCAGCAUCACGAAGGGUCGCUAUGCACCGAGCACCACAGGGUAUGUCGCUAGCCCCCAAAAAGAUCAAAUCCAAAAUCCGAAGUACAGUUUCUCCUGAACGUGUAUCACUUUCACACCAUUAUAAAGUCAAGAAAAUCGUAUGCCGAGCUGUCGUUAAGUCGGGGACCAUCUAUCUCUAUAUAAUACCAAAGAAUGACAGGAAAGCUACCAAAGUUAAUACGUGAAGCCAGCAAAGUCGUAAGGCACGAGAGCAACACACAAAAGUCGGCUGUGUUUCUAAACAGCAACUAACAGGCUGGGAAGGAAAUUAAGAACGCAAUUCCGUUCAUAAUAGUAUCUGAAAGAAUGAAAUACUUAGGAAUAAAUUUAACAAAGGUGAAGACUGGUACACUGAACAGCAACUACAAAACAUUGCUGAAAGAAACUAAAGAAUAUCUGAAUAAAUGGAAAACUAUCCUGUGUUCAUGGAUAGGAAGACAAUAUAGGGUUGGGGCAAAAGUCAGUUUACAGUUGUGAAUAUGCAAAAUAGUUUAUUCUUGUAUUAGUAUUAAUCAUUGUAUUUUUCCAUUAGAACUGUAAAUGUACUUUUGCCCCACCUUUUUUUGUUAAAAUGUCAGUACUCCCAAAGAGAUCUAUAGAUUCAAGCAGACCCUACCAAAAUUCCAGUAGCCUUUUUUUUUUCUUUUUGCAGAAGUGGAAAAACUGAUCAUCAAAUUUAUGUAGUAUUGCAAGGGGACCUAAGUAGCCAAAACAGUCUUGAAAAAAGACAGAAUUGGAGGACUCACAUUUCUCAAUUUCAAAACUUUCUACAAAGCUGUUGUAGUCAAAACUGUGUUACUAGCAUAGAGGCAGACAUACAGACUAACCAAUGAUACAGAGUUCAGAGUCCACAAUUAAGCCCACAUGUCUUUGGCUGUUUGAUUUUUGAUGAGGGUGCCAGGUAUAUUCAAUGGAGAAAGAAUACUCUCAAACAAACUGUAUUUGGACAACUGGAUGUCCACAUGCAAAAAAAUGGCAUUAGACCCCUAACCUUAUACAAAGUUAAUGCAAAAUGGGUUGACAACCUAACUAUUAACUAAGUCCAUAAAGUUCUUAAAAGAAAACAUAAGGGUAAAUCUUCAAGACAACGGAUUUGGCAAUGGAUUCUUAAAUAGGACACCAGAAACACAAGCAGCAAAAGAAAAAAAUUAGACUUUAUCAAAACUUUAAAAAAUUUAUGGAUCAAAGGAAAUUAUCAAGAAAAUAAAAAGACAACAGAAUGGGAGAAAAUAUUUGGAAAUUAAACAUUUGAUAAGGGAUUCAUUCAUAUCCAGAAUAUACAAAAAAAAUUCUAGAACUCAACAAAAAGAAAACAAACCAAUGUAAAAAUGCACAAAGGACUUGGGUACACAUUUCUCUAAAGAAGAUAUGUAAAGUUUUGAAAAUAAAGUAUGGUGGUAUUGGUUACACAACACUGUGAAUGUACUUAAUACCACUAAAUUAUACACUUAACAGUGGUUGCCCUGACCAGUGUGGCUCAGUGGGUUGGGCAUCGUCCCACAAAGCAAAAGGUUGCAAGUUCGAUUUCGAGCCAGGGCACAUGACUGGGUUGCAGGUUCAGUCCCCAGAAGAGGUGCAUACAAGAGGCAGCAGAUAGAUGUUUCCCUCUCACAUUGAUGUUUUUCUCCCUCUCUUCCUCCCUCCCUUCUCUCUAAAAAUAAAAUAUUUUUUUAAUGGCUACUUUCAUGUUACACAUAUUUUACCGCAUACGUGUGCACAUACACAAAAAAAACACUCCACCAAGUGUUGGUGAGGAUAUGAAACAACCAAUUUCCCACACACAAGUAGUGAGAAUAUGAAAUAAUACCACCACUCUGGCAAACAGCUUGGCAGUUUCUCACAAAUUUAAGUAUGCAUCUACUGCAUGACCCAGGAAUUCCACUCCUUGCUUUAUCCAUAAUAGUCAAAAAAUGGAAACACCCCACUCCCCCAUUAUUACAAUAGGCACCUAUUCAGCAAUAAAAAAGAACAAACUAUGGAUGCAUAAAUGACAUGAAUUAAUCUCAAAAUAAUCAUUCUGGGUGAAAGAAACCAGAAACAAAAGAAUACCUAUUGUGUGUUUCCAUUUACAUAAAAUGUUAGAAAAUGCAAAAUUAUUUAUAGUGACAAAGAGAUCAGCGGUUCCCUGAGGGACAAAGGAUAGUGGGAGGUCCGUCGUGGGCAACUUUGGGGAUUGACAGAAAUGGAUCUUGAUGGCAGUUGUAAUUUCACGGGUACAUACAUUUUCAAAAU